AUGAGUGACAAUGCUGGAAAAGGGAGAGCAUCAGAAAAGAGGAAAAAGCAGAAAAGCAGGAAAGCAGGGGAGAGUUCCCAGGUGGAAGAUGAAUUCAAAGAACUGUCUAUCUACUUCCCUAAAGAGCAAUGGACAGAGAUGGGAGCCUGGGAGAAAACCCGCUACAGGAACAUAAAGCGAAACUAUGAGUUUAUGGUUGAGCUAGUUAAAACCUUCAGGCCACCAUGUAAAUCUGGCAGUUUGAAACAGGAAAAAAAGAAAAGGCAGAACAUCAGUCAAAAUGAAAAGAAAGUGCUGGAGAAGGCCUCUGAGAAUCAAACGGACACUGAGAAAUUGAACAAAAAUUCAGAUGUGGGCACCAGAAUCCCUGGCACUAAUGUUGUUGAUCUGAAAACUGAUCUACCCAGGUUAGCAGCUUCUAAAACCCCAGGGCAGAGCACCCAAGUUAACACGUACAGCUUACGAAAGAGAGAGAAAAAAGUGUAUGUUGAAAUAAAUGAACCACAAGAUGAUGAUUACUUAUUUUGUGAGGCUUGCCUGACAUUCUUCAUUGAUGAGUGUUCGGUUCAUGGCCCUCCAGUUUUCAUCAAAGACUCAAUAGUAGAAACAGGACAGGAAAGGAGAGCAGCUCUCACUUUGCCCCCAGGGAUGAGAAUUGGGCUUUCGAGUAUCCCACAGGCUGGGCUUGGAGUCUGGAAUGAGGCAGGCACCCUGCCGAUUGGAGUUCAUUUUGGCCCAUACGACGGAAGGAUAACAGAGGAGGAGGAGGCAGCCCAUAAUGGUUAUUCUUGGCUGAUCACCAAGGGAAGAAACUGGUAUGUAUACAUUGAUGGAAAGGAUGAAACUAAUGCCAACUGGAUGAGGUAUGUUAACUGUGCUAGGGAUGAAGAAGAGCAGAACCUUGUCGCUUUCCAGUAUCAUGGGAAAAUCUACUAUAGAGUGUGCAGGGCCAUCCUGCCGCACUGUGAGCUUCUGGUCUGGUAUGGGGAUGAAUACGGCAAGGAGCUGGGCAUCAAGUGGGGCACGAGAUGGAAAAGCACAGCGCCACCCAAAGUGCGUGUGCAGGAUCCACACUGCCAUCCAUGUCCUCGCUGCAGGCUGGCUUUCAGCAGCAAAGAUUACCUCAGCCAACACUUGAAGCGUAAGCACCUGCCUACCGAAUUGCAGAGUGAAGAAGACGAAGGUGCUCUGGGAGGGGAAUCUUGUCCUAAAACCAGAGGUCUUUCCUUCCCGGGGGAUCCAGCAUCACAGCAGCUGCCACCAGACCCCAGCUCCCUCCGCAAAGGCACAUGGGGAAAGAAACCACAUUUGCUAGGGCAGAGGGAAGGUGUGGGAGGUAGAGAGGCAUUUGGCUUACCGUCAAACCUGCCUCCACAGCAGUGGAGGGACACAACAGGGGAGCCACAUGCACAGAGCGAAACAGGGGAGGAGGGAUGUGGCGAUCGCAGACAAAAAUAUUCCUGCGGCGAGUGUGGGCAGAACUUCCACAGGCCAUCACACUGGGUUAGACAUCAGCAGAGCCACACAGGAGAGAAGUCUUAUCCUUGUGAUGAGUGUGGGAGGAGGUUCAGCCAUUCCUCCAGCCUCACCAGACACCAGCGCAUCCACAUGGGAGAGAGGCCCUUCCAGUGCCUGGAGUGUGGGAGGAGGUUCAGCUGUUCCUCCAGCCUCACCGCCCACCAGCGCAUCCACACUGGAGAGAGGCCCUUCCAGUGCCUGGAGUGUGGGAGGAGGUUCAGCCAGUCAGUCCACCUCACCGCCCACCAGCGCAUCCACACUGGAGAGAGGCCCUUCCAGUGCCUGGAGUGUGGGAGGAGGUUCAGCUGUUCCUCCAGCCUCACCGCCCACCAGCGCAUCCACACUGGAGAGAGGCCCUUCCAGUGCCUGGAGUGUGGGAGGAGGUUCAGUUGUUCCUCCAACCUCACCGCCCACCAGCGCAUCCACACUGGAGAGAGGCCCUUCCAGUGCCUGGAGUGUGGGAGGAGGUUCAGCUGUUCCUCCAGCCUCACCGCCCACCAGCGCAUCCACACUGGAGAGAGGCCCUUUCAGUGCUCGGACAGUGGGAGAAGGUUCAGGCAGCCAUCAAACCUGACCGGCCACCAACGGACUCAUGCCUAG